CAUAAAAAAAAAAAAGUAAUAAUGAAAAUAUUAUUUACGUUUUGAUUUUUAUGUUUACGCGUCUUGAUUUUCGACGUGCAUAAAAAUAAAUCAUAUUUUAUGCACAAUUUCAGAUAAAAAGUAAUCGGUAGUUCAUAAUUCAUAUUUUACGUGCAUAGUGUUUGUUCAUGACAACAAGUGUAACAUUAUCUUAUCUGCUUCUUUUAAAUGUAUGAGAAUUGAUCAGAUAAAUAAUAAAAUGGAUUUGGGUAUGGUAAAGGGCAAGCCCCUGAUAAAAGAUGAGGUAAAGGCUCUUUUGCAGCUCAUAGAAAUGAGCCCUAUAAUCACUAAUAGGACUACCAAUGCCACUACCAAUAAACUGAAAAUGGCUGAAUGGAAAAGGAUUACUGCCAGAUUCAAUGCCACUGCCUCAACAUGUCGGCGUUCACCUCAGCAACUCCGUUUAAAAUGGGAGAACCUUAAAAAGAACUCCCGUAAACGUAGCAAAAUGAAGUUAAAUCAGAGUAGUGAUGGUACUACAGAUUGUAUUCCCCCUGAUGACAUACUUGAUAGAGUAGCCAAGUUAUUGAGCAGCACAAUUUGCGAUGGCACCAUCCCGUAUGGGGGUGAUAUAGAACUGGAUGAGCCUGCUAGUGGCAGUGAAGGUGGUCUUCAUGCAAGCAGUUGUGAUGGCUCUGGUGAUGAGUUUGUCCUUGGAGACAUUAGAGUACAAAAUGGAGUUAAAUUGCAAGGGUUGCAGGAUGAAACACAACAGAAUGGUGAAAUAAUACAUGUUUGGGGGAAACAAAAUCAAUCCAAUUCAAUACAGGAUAACUGGCAGACAGCUAAACAUCGAGCGCAGGCCGAGUAUUAUAAAAAGAAAAAGGAGUAUUUAGACGCCAAAAUGGAACAAAUUUUACUAGAAAACAUAAAACUAAAAUUGGAAAUUGAAAAAUUAAGAGUAGGCAGUACAUCAGUUAAAAUUGAACCACUGUAAGGUGGCUAUUCUCCAUCAACUAAAUAUGAUGAGUAGACCUGGUAGCAGAUCCAGAAUGGUUUAAUAUUCUGUAACGGAGGAUGAAGAAAAAUUAAAAAAUAUGAAUGAGAAUCAACCACAUCUUUCUUUAUCUUUGAAAAAUGGCUGUGCAUAUUGGAGCGCACCGUAUACAUGUUCAAAAGCACUGCCUACCACAAAAUUUUGUAUAGCCCGUACUCCAGGAGAACUUUCCAUCAUAUGCCUUAGUUUAUCUAUGGUAUCUGCUAGGCGCGAAGUUACGUUCGCAGUUACCAAUAUAUUGUGAUCGACACUAAAAUUAUCUGUGUGCUGGCAUUUUCUUGUUUUUUAUGUUGUGAUAAUAAUGAUUUAUUUAUGGACCAGGCAUCACUUCGAAGUCAAGUAUGUCUCUCCGAAGUAACCAGUAAAAAGACAGUCAUAGUGUUAUACAUAAAAUUAAAGCUAAAGAUUUUAUCGAGUCUUGUACUUUUUGUAGUACAGAUGUCGGUAAGAGGAUGAUAUUUUGUAUUUAAUAAAUGUGCUAUUACUAAAAUACAGUCUUUUAUUUUGUCUGUACUUUUAAGAACGUUGGAUAGUUUAACCCAGCGAAAUAAAAAAAACUUGAAGCCACCCUUUUUAACAAAUUGUCAUUCAAAAUAGGUACCAAUCAGUUUAUGUGAAUGGCGCAAGCAUCAUGAAUUGAACCGCAAAAUACAUGAUUGGUUCCACUUUAUGUCAUGUAGCACGGGACCAGCCUUGAUUGGCCGGCAGUUUAUCGGUCAGCAUUGUGAUUAGCGAACUAAAUGCAUGCGAGGCACGUUUCAUAAGCCCUCUCCCAGCUAUUUUUGGUCAGUAUGUCUUUUUCGUUCGCUGGUUUAACCAGGUUAGUCUUAUUAUUUCUUACAGUCUUCGGUACUGGUGCUGAACAGCGAAAACAUGGUAGAAAUCGGCUCAGUCUGUAAUGAACUUUGAGUUUUAGAGUUUGAGAUAGUUGACCUUACUUUUACGAUAUAGUUGACACUAUAUCGUAAAGUGAGGUCAACUAUCAUUAAAAUUAGUUUAGCCGUACGAAGAUAAGCUCAGGAAAUAAUGUCCAUCCCCGUGCCUCUUCGAAGUGAAGGUUGGUGGACUCAUCACACCUCUGAGAACGUAAUGUAGAAUUCUCAGGCAUGGAGGUUUCUUCACGAUGUAUUCUUUACCGCUAAAGCAAUUUGCUAAAGUCCGCGGCAACUAGACAAUAAUUACAGUCUGUCUCAAUCACGGUAAGUUCAAUUAAAUUCACCGGUAUGGGAGUACGUGGGUACGUUUAUAAACAACUUAUUUUCAUCGCACCUACCUACUUAAAGCAACGCUAAACCGUGGCGACAACCGGCGUCCUUAGCGUAUCUUAAUUCCUGCUUGCAUCAAACACUUCGUAAUUACUUCCGUUUUAGUGUAGCGCAGCGUCGCAGUAUGUUAAGCUCCAACUUUGUCUUAAGUAGGUACCUAAUUUGGUAGGUACGUAAUUUCAGUGUUCCCACAAACAGAGUUUUCUUUGUUUUAAAUGAAAUCAUAGGCCGUCCAAUUACGGCCUGCUCGAUUCGUUCACCAGUGAUCAACAUAUACGAACCGGUGUAGCUGCUCGAGUUGUUCCAUGUACCUACCUACUCGUAAUUCCACCUUGAAACAGUUCAUCCUGACUGCUUCAAACUUCAUAUAUACCGAUUUUG